AUGGCUGACGCUCACGUUCCCAAGGCAGAGUCUCCCGUCGCUCGGGAGAAGCUCGAGGAUCAAGUCCGCCGACAUGCUCAGGAAGCCAUGGCCAAGUUCACCAUUGAGAAGGUUUUCCUCACCAAGUACUGCGUCCCCCACAUCAAGCGCACAUUCGACGAGCGAAAGGGACCAACCUGGCACUGCAUCGUUGGCCGAAAUUUCGGUAGCUUCGUUACCCACGAGACCAAGCACUUUAUCUACUUUUACCUUGGCCACUGCGCAAUUCUACUAUUCAAAACGCAAUAG